CAACCAAUUAUAAAUGAAGAACAUGUAGAUAAUUUGCGAUCAAUGUUUCCACAACGAUCACAAGAAACUAUAACACGUGCACUUCUUUUGUCUGAUAAUGAUAUCAAUAGAGCAGUUCAAUUUCUACUUGAUCAUCCAUAA